CGCCGAAAUUUCGCGGACCCUGAACAAGAGAGCGACAACAGCGGCUGCGGAUCAGUACAGGAUGCCUCCCAGAUUACGAUAUACCGUCCCGCGCGGCCUGGGCUCCGUCAUCAAGCCCUCGAGGGCGCCAAGCACACCAUUCGUCGCCCUCCUGCCCUCAACACCUGCCGUGACAUUGGCUCCAAGACAGUAUGCCACCGCGGCAGCCGUAUCCAGGUCGUCCUUGAGAUUACCGGAUGAUUACGUCCCUCCUACGAGGCCCCCGACAGCCCGCCCGGCAGACGCGCGAAAGUCGCAGCUCCUCCGAAACUAUACCUCUCUCCUCCGCUCAACGCCCCUGAUCCUCGUCUUCCAACACAACAACCUCACGGCGGUAGAAUGGGCAGCUGUAAGACGGGAGCUGAAGCUUGCCCUAGCCAACGUCUCUACUCCGGGGACGGAUUCCGCCGACAUCGCUUCGAGGGCUCAGCUGCAGGUGAUUCGCGGGCGUAUCUUCGACGUUGCGCUCAAGAUCGUCGAAUUCUACGACCCUUCACAGGUUGCGCCCACGACAGUGUCCUCAGCAUCGGGCGAAAAGGUCCAGGUGGUGUACAACCAUGACCUGUCCAAGUCCGCGUACAACGUCGCGAAAGGCAUCGCCAAGGGCGAGAUCCCAGUCCCGGAAUCGUCCAUAUACGCCCAGAUCUCACCGCUGCUUGUCGGGCCGCUAGCCAUUUUUACCCUACCGGCCGUAUCACCCGCCCACCUAGCCGCUGCGUUGAGCGUCCUUGCCCCAAGCCCACCGGCGUUCCCGGCCCCGAGCAGGAAGAAGAACCCCAGCUACUAUGAGCCCACGGCUCAAAAUGGCCUUUCGAAGCUCAUGCUGGUGGGUGGAAGGGUUGAGGAUAAGGUAUUCGACAUUGAGGGAGUGAAGUGGGUCGGCGGCAUUGAGGGUGGUCUGGAUAGCCUGCGUGCACAGCUUGUCGCUAUGCUCCAGAGCGCCGGUCUUGGCCUGACAACUACGUUAGAAGGUGCCGGUAAGAGCCUUUGGCUCACAAUGGAGAGCCGUCGUAGUGUGUUGGAAGAGGAGCAGAACGGAGGGAAGGAAGCCAAGGAGAGCUCAUGAGGUGUAAGAGCUUCAGCUCUGUAAGAGUACCCGCUGCGGAAAGCCUGAUAUUUGGCCGAUUGUAUUGCAGCAUUACUAGACCUGUACUGCAAACAUUAUUGUAACAAGUUUAUUCAAUAUUUAUUUGUACGCC